GUGUAAUAUCAAUACAAUUACGCUUACGAGCUAACACCUCUUGGAUAUAAAUGUUAUUUUUUUUUAUUUAUUAGGGAAAUAUUUUAGUGGGUGUUUAGUGUAGAUAUUUUGAACCGUUUCAUCAUUUAAAAAAGCUAAGAGAAGAAGAAGACUUUGCGGCAAAACAAUAUCCCAGUGAGCUAACUUGCUCAGCUAACGUUCACUACGGCUUUGUUAGCGUAUCCAUGACACAUUUUAUUAACAUUAAGAAUACAAGGGACCUCGGAAACUCGGGCAGUAGGUCUGAUUGGAAAUUCAGUUUCUAUCGGUGAGAUGGAAAAACAUGGGAAGGACCAGGCGCCUUUUGGCUGCUCUGACAAUGCAAAGGACCUGAGUGACCACCUGCCAACAUGCACUCAAGGGAGAGAACUAACUCCCACAGCAGGAGGCACGAAUGGAAACGAGCUGCCUCCGGUCUCCAGCAGACCACAAAGAAAAAGAAAAACUAAAUCUGACCCAACUGCUGUGUCGUCUUCACCACAAGACGAGGAAGAACCUAAAAGAGAUAAGAAGAAAUGUGCUAGAAAAGCAGUGGGAAAAGACAAAUGUUCAGCUGUGGCUACGGCGCCGCUGCCCUCUAAAGAAUACCUGGCAAAGGGAUCAGAGCAUAUUUAUCGCACCCACACCUGCCCCAAGUGUUGUCGCUGCUUCAAGAUGCGCUCUCACCUGCAGGAGCACCUCCACAUACAUUUCCCCGACCCGAGCCUCCAGUGUCCCACCUGCCAGCGUUACUUCACCAGCAAGAGCAAACUACGCGUCCACAGGCUCCGAGAGGCCGGCGAGAAGCUCCACCGCUGCCACUUGUGCGACUAUUCUGCCGUGGAGAGGAACGCAAUCCGACGCCACCUCAGCAGCAUGCACGCCGACGAGGCGGAGGACGGCAAAAACGUCCCCAGCUUCCUCUGUCCCACAUGCGGUCAAGGCUUCAGCCAGAGCAGGACGCUCAAGUCUCACAUGAAGACGCACAACGUCCAGCCCCUGACCUGCUUCCAGGACGGGUGUCCUUUCCAGAGCUCCCUGCGCAAAGACCUCAUCAGACACGCUGCCGAGGUGCACGGGGUCGAAGCGGUGGAGUGUCGCCACCACGCCUGCGGCGCCGUCUUUCAGAGCGAGACGGACAUGGAGGAGCAUCGCCGGACUCACCUGGCCUACCACUGCUCACUGUGCGACUUCUCCUGCUCCAACAAAGCCGCCUUCCUGCAGCACCAGCGGCACGGUCACCCCGGCAACGAAAAGCUCAGCUGUGACUUUUGCCCCUUCGUCACCUUCAACCCUGUGGAGUUCGAGCAGCACAUUGGACACUUGCACGCCAACGAGAAGAUCCACCGCUGCUCUCAGUGCAGCUACGUCACCUCGCACAAACGCGGCCUGAAGCGCCACAUGCUGAUGCACAGCGGUGAGAAGCCGCACAAGUGUAGCCUGUGUGACUUCAGGUGCAGAGACGAGUCGUACCUCUCCAAACACAUGCUCACGCACUCGGAGGACAAGAACUUCAUGUGCGCUGAAUGUGGAUACGUGACUAAGUGGAAGCAUUAUCUCAUCGUCCACAUGAGGAAACACGCUGGAGACCUCAGGUACGCGUGUGAUCAGUGCUCGUAUCGUUGUCACCGCAUGGAUCAGCUAAACAGCCACAAACUACGACAUCAGGCCAAAUCCCUCAUGUGUGAGAUCUGCGCCUACGCCUGCAAGCGCAAAUACGAGCUCCGCAAUCACAUGCUGGCCAAGCACUCUGGAGAGGAGAAGCCGUCGGCUGUGUUUAAGUGUAAGUACUGCGCGUACACCACCUGCUACCGGCAGGCGCUGCAGAACCACGAGAACUGCAAACACACCAAGCUGAAAGAGUUUCGCUGCGCCCUCUGCUCCUACUUCUCCUUCAGCAGCAUCAGCCUCUUCCUGCACAAGAGGAAAGCUCACGGGUACGUACCCGGGGACAAAGCCUGGCUGGAAAACUACGCCGCGAAAGAAAGGGAGAGGAGCUCAACGGCUUUUAUACAGGAUUUCUAUAUCAAGCCUUCAGUCGAUCAUGAGCCGUCUGAACAACCCAAGUCUGUAGCUCCUGACGCUCAGGAGUCUGUCCUGCCUGGAUCAGAGGAUCAGGACCCCAGCGAAGAAACACAAGCGAAUGUGUUCAGUGUUUCUCAUGCGGUCGUCAGUGAACCUCCAUCUGUCAACAGUCCUGAGCAGUACUGCACUCUUGUUUUAACCACACUGUCAACCACUGAUGAUCAGACCUCUCCUUUACCGAAUGAGGACCAAAAAGCUGCGUGCGCUUUAACUUGUAGUGACACAUCACAAGAAAAGACGGAUGUUUCUAUACAUGCAAGUUCCUCAGAGGAGGAGGACGAAGCAGCAGGAGAUGGAGCGGCCGAGCAAAGUGACUUCGAUGGCGGCUAUGAGCCUCUGACUAACACGCCUGCCACUCCCGGGGAGUGUCACACACCUGAAAGGGAAAGUAACAGUUCCAUGGUAUCACCAGAGCAGAAUCAGCCAUCACAGUCGGGUCUGACGGCGAUGAAGAAGCUUGACAAGGACCAGGCCGAAGCCAUGGUUUUAGAGGGACGGGUGCAGAUGCUCGUGCUGCCAACUGAGGACGUUCAUCGCUGCGACAAAUGCUCGUAUGUCGCCUGUAAGGAGAGCGCUCUGAAGCACCACCGCCAGACUGCGUGCCACGCCAGGACAAAGGGACACGAGUGCCAGGCGUGUGGUGCACAGUUCAAACAGAGGCGGGGCCUCGACAGCCACCUUAAAAAGAAGUGCCCGGCGCUUCCACGGAAAACAAGGACAUUUGUAGGCGUCGCAAAUACGUGUCUGGCUACAAAAGACGAACGAGGAUCCAAACGACAGGACGAAGGAAGGAGCUCAGACCAGAACGAAGUAGACGCGCAACAUUUAACAAACCGUGAGGACAUUGUAGAUGAUGCACAUGCAUCAACGGUGUCAGAGCAUCAGCAACGCAAAACAAAUAAGCUUUUGAAAAAAAAUGUUGCCUCAAGUAAAAAAGGCCGACAUGUUGCAGUGCAGAGAAGUGCACUUUACACUAGAAAAUAUGGCAAGUUUGAAUGCAAACUGUGCAGCUUUUCAUCCGUUAAACUUCAGACAGUUCAGCGCCACCUUUCAACAUGUAGAGAAAGAUCUGGUAGAAGAGACGAUCUUUCAGACGUAAAGGAUGAUGGUGGUAAUGGGGCUGUGAGAGGAAAACAGGACCUGGUGGAGGAAGUCAGUGAAUCUUCUGCCAAUCGUCACAUCUUAAGUUGUCCGAGCUGUGCAUUUAAGUGCAGUCAGAAAAGAGCAUUGCACAGCCACCAAAGGAAAGGCUGCAUGAAGCCAGGCGAAGUCCAAUGCACCACGUGUUCAUUUGUAGCCAAGUCUAGAACUUCUUUGACUCGUCAUGUUCUGCACGUUCAUAAGAAGGAAAAGUUCGGUGUUGCUAAACCCAAACACCUGCAUUGCCCGCACUGCGCUUUCAGCUGUAAACAGGAGCGACGCAUGGCGCAGCACGUUGCGCUGAAACACAAAGGCGCGCAGCCUCACCGCUGCCGCUACUGUCCUUUCAGCACCACGCGGCGCUACCGCCUGGACGAGCACGAGUCUCUCCACACGGGAAUCGGCCGCCACACGUGCGACUCGUGUGACAAAACCUUCGGGGCCGUGACCAAACUGCGUCAGCACAAGGUGCGGAUCCACGACAAGCGGCCCACGCACUUCUGCUCGCUGUGCGACUUCAGCGGAUACGCGCUCGACGACGUGAGGCGACACAACCUCAGGUGCCACACGGGGGCGCUGCAGCACGUGUGCACACACUGUGACGCUCAGUUCAGCUCGGAGAUCGCUUUGAGAAACCACUGCAAGCGUGUGCAUCAGCUGGAGGCCUGUUUCUCAUGCAAACAGUGCGACUUCACGUGCAGCAGCGACGCCGCGCUUAAGGCCCACCAGCAGAGCAAGCACCUCCAGGUGAAAUGCACAACCUGCCAGGCUUCCUUUGACACCAGGGAAAGUCUGGAGGUCCACCAGAGACGCCACCUUCCACAUCAGUGCCAGCUGUGUCUCUUCGCUACCAAAACGAGGCAGCUGUUGGCUCAACACCUCCUGAACGAGCACGAGGACGGAUCCUCGGAGGACAAGCCCCUGAAGUGCAGCACGUGUCCGUUCGCCUGUCGCCACCAGCUGGUGUUGGAGCAGCACCUCCGUUCACACGGGAGCAAGCGACUGUACAAAUGCACCGACUGUGACUACUCGACGCGCAACAAGCAGAAGAUCACGUGGCACAUUCGCAUUCACACGGGAGAGAAGCCGUACAGCUGUGAGCAGUGUAGCUACGCCUGCACUGAUCCGUCCAGGCUGAAGCUUCACAUGAGGGUUCACCAAGAAGAGAAGAAGUACCUUUGUCCAGAGUGCGGCUACAAAUGCAAGUGGGCGACUCAGCUGAAGUAUCACAUGACAAAGCACACAGGAGAGAAGCCGUACGCCUGUGACGAGUGCGAAUACCGCACCAACAGAGCGGACGCCCUGCGAGCGCACCGGGACACGCAGCACUGCGACCUGCGCCCGUACGUCUGCGAGAAAUGCGGCAAAGCCUUCAAGACGAGCUUCAUCCUGAAAACGCACCAGCGGCAGCACAGCAGCGACCGCCCCUACACCUGUGGCCUGUGUCAGAAGUCGUUCCGAUGGCCGGCGGGUCUCAGGCAUCACUACCUCACGCACACCAAGCAGCAGCCGUUCUGCUGCCGCCACUGCUCCUACAGGGCCAAGCAGAAGUUCCAGGUGGUCAAACACCUGCAGAGGCACCAUCCAGACGUGUCAGUGGAUCAGGGCGUGGUGAGAGACUCGGAGGCCGGCGGCCUCACCCUGAAGGAGGCUCUGCAGGGGAGUCUGGACGAGAGAGCAGCAGCAGCAGCAGAGAGGGAGCUGCUUCCUUCAGCCGAAGAGGUUGAGACAAACGCUUCUUAGAGAUGUGGUAUAAACACAGAGACCAGCCCGACCCACAAAGACCAGGAUAGACUCCACACAAGGUGCAGAAUCCCCCCCCAGUCCUGACGUCCCUGCAGACAGACCCAGAGCCCCCCCACACUCCCCAUGAGGAAACACUGGAGCUAAAAACUAAAAGAUUAAAAGACAGAAAUACAGGAUAAAAUGAAAACAACAAUGAGGAAAUAUAUAAAAGAAGACGUAAAAUGUAAAAGACUAACAAUCAACGAUAAGAAUCUAAAGAUUUAAUAAAAAAAUAAAUAAAUGAAAUCAAAUACAGACACUGUUUUGUGUGUCUUUCAUACACACACACACCUUGUGCCUGUUUGUGUCCGAUUCUUGUUGAGCUGCUGGGAAUGUGACUUUCUCAGAGAUUAAUAAAGUAUCUAUAUAAAUAAAUAAAUGAACAAGUAAAAACUCCUUAGAAUAAUGAAUCAAUAGGAGUAAAUAAGUAAAAUAAGAGAAUAAACGAGUGAAAAGGGAUUGAAUGAAAAUUAUUUUAUAAAUGUCAGCAGUCUGUUUAGUCCAUGAAUGAGGGAAGUGCAGCCUCUCUGUGUUUUAUAGUUUUAACUUUGAUUAAAACGCUCAUAUAUUACAAUAAAUACUCACACAGACACUUUCUCUUUUGAGAUUCACUUUUAUUACAGAAUAUCCUCAACAAUUAUUCAUUUCAGAAGGUAAAUGUUGUGAUAAAGAACCGAUGAAUAAAGAUACGAUGAAUGAGC